UGGGUCUGUUCAGGUAUAAAUGUAGGGGCUUGACACAGGUAGAGCAUCAGUUCACCAACCGAUCUCUGAAGGACCUGAAAGACCAACACAGCCAUUAUGAUGGGCAAGAUCACUUUCUACGAGGAGAAGAACUUCCAGGGUCGCUCCUAUGAGUGCAUGAGCGACUGCUCCGACAUGUCCUCCUACAUGAGCAGGUGCCAGUCCUGCAGGGUGGAGAGCGGCUGCUUCAUGGUCUAUGAGAGGAACAACUACAUGGGCCAGCAGUUCUUCAUGAGGAGGGGAGACUACAACGACAUGCACCGCAUGCAGAGCAUGGGAAUGAUGUUUGACAACAUCAGGUCCUGCAGAAUGAUCCCCUUUCACAGAGGCCAGUUCAGGAUGAAGAUCUACGAGAGGGAGAACUUCGGUGGUCAGUCCAAUGAGCUGAUGGACGACUGUGACAACAUCCAGGAGCGUUACCGCAUGUCUGACUGCCAGUCCUGCCACGUGAUGGACGGACACUGGCUGAUGUACGAGCAGCCCCACUACAAGGGCAGGAUGAUGUACAUGAGGCCCGGAGAGUACAGGAGCUUCAGGGAUAUGGGCAUGAGCGGCCAGAGGUUCAUGAGCAUGAGGCGUAUCACUGACAUGUGUUAGUUUACUCAUCAAUAAAACGUGAUCCAACUUA